AUGUCUUCACCACUGGAAAGAGCACUUCUCCGUCUCCAAGUCUUCUCCAAGGGACCUAGUCUUGGUCACUUCCUCAAGCUAUAUCUCGCUACUCAGGAUACGUUAAACUUGAGGCUCACCUCUCAUUCAUUGUACGGCCUUGCUGAGCUUAAAGAGGUCGCAUUUGAGACCCUCUUUAUCCACACGCCUGUACCCUCUGGACGCAAGCAGUGCACGGAAGUACUCAAGGACAUUGGGUUGUUAUGUCGACAUGUCGUGGUCAAGAUCGCGUACNCCCCAAAGGCAUGCUGCUCACCAGGAACACCAUUUCUCAGCACAGUCGCAUCAAUUCCGCGCUCUGGCAGCGGGAGUGAUGCAGUAUCAGACAUCCUCGACUCCUACUGUCCAUAUGCAGAGCCGCCCAUCGCCUGGAAGUUCGUUGUCCAGAGGAAGCCCGGUGACAUCGACCAAAACCUGCUUCAACAGUGGUGCGAAAUCUUCAAGCUCUUGCCGAACUUGGAAAACCUUCACAGCGCUUGCAAUGGUGACCCCGUCUGGCUUGGCUGUACUGAUAUUGAGUCGGCGCUCAUCAUGUUGCGCAUCACUUUCGAACGUGUCAAUCCUGAGCAUAUCCAUACAGUCAGUUUCUCUCCCAUCCACGCCAUGGGCAUCAUGCAUCUUCGUUGGGCCGGAGCUGGUGCAUACGGUGAGGCGUGUGUUUCCAAAAGUCCUGUCUGGUGUAGGCAUAGGGUACUGAAGUUAGGGNUCCUUAGUCCUGACAGCGAGUACCGAUUGUCCACAGGUCAGAAGCGGCUUUUUGAGAAGAUCUUUGCAGAUUAUCUGCAGAGCUUCAGUCGUUCACUCGUCAAGCUCGAUCUCUCGUGGCUCGGUGUGGCAGGCCCGAAUCCAUCUGUCGUAGGCGAAGACCAUCGGACUAUGAAAAUGACGAAGCAUUGGAGCAGACUUGAGGAGCUCCGGCUCAUCAACGUGACUUUGAACUGCAGCACCUCGACCAUCAAGCAGCUAGCGCCGACCGUUCGGAAGCUCAUUGUCAAUGUCGGCUCCUCGAAUGCUGGGAAUCAAAUGGUGUCUAAUCGUUGGGAGGGUUGUCAAGGUCUUGAGUCCGAAGACCAUGAUAGUGAGAAUGAAAAUGGCUGGAUGACUUUGCAGAACGUUCGCAUCUCAGCAAUACCUGAGCCUCUCUUCCAGUAUCGUCUUGCAUGA